AUGGAGGAGGUGAUGGAGGAGGUGAUGGAGGAGGUGAUGGAGGAGGUGAUGGAGGAGGUGAUGGAGGAGGUGAUGGAGGUGGUGAUGGAGGAGGUGAUGGAGGAGGUGAUGGAGGAGGUGAUGGAGGAGGUGAUGGAGGAGGUGAUGGAGGAGGUGAUGGAGGAGGUGAUGGAGGAGGUGAUGGAGGUGGUGGAGGAGGAGGUGAUGGAGGAGGUGGUGGAGGAGGUGAUGGAGGAGGAGGUGGUGGAGGAGGUGGUGGAGGAGGUGAUGGAGGAGGUGAUGGAGGAGGUGAUGGAGGAGGUGAUGCUGGAGGUGAUGGAGGAGGUGAUGCAGGAGGUGAUGGAGGAGGUGAUGGAGGAGGUGAUGGAGGAGGUGAUGGAGGAGGUGAUGAGGAGGUGA